AUGGGUAUUUCUUGCUCAUCUUAGAAAUCUGCUAAAUACUAAAAAUCUAAAUAAACUUAACAAUAGUAAAAUAUUAAUAAAGGAAAAAGUGUUCACAAAGUAAAAGGCUCAAAAUAAAAAGACAUUUUUAUUGCAGAUGAUUUAUGUUUUAUAUUAAGAAGAUUGGAUUAGUUACAUUAAUCACCUAAUAAACACAAAAAAAAUGGUACAAUUUCAUCAUUAUUUGAAAAACAAUAAUAACUUUUAGAAUGGAAAUUAGAAUGUGAUAUAGCCUUUAUAAUUGAUUUAACAAUGAAAGAAAACAAAAAAAGAUUACGAUUACUAAAAGAAUUAUUAUCAGAAAAGGAAAGACAUUAAUAAAGAUUUGGUAUUGUUUACUUUGGCCAUAAUAAGGCCUAAUUUGAUUUAAUAGAUGAUUGUAUUGAAACUACAUAUGACUUAUAAAGAUAGCUUUAAACAUUAAAAUUGGAUGAAUGGAUAAAUAUAAUUAAAUCUUUAAGAAAUUAAAUAGUUACAUCAAAAGAUAGACAGUUAUCAUAAAUAUACAUAUUAAGUGAAUAAAAAUAGGAAAAUAUUGAUUAAUCAAUAUUAUAAAUAGUUGAUAAUCUUUUAGAAGACACUUGUACUAAAAAUUCUUUGUCCUUUUAGUGUCAUAGCUAUAAAAUUGAGGAAUGUGAUUCUUUAAAAUAAAUGGAAUUAUCAUUUCAAUGA